AAAAAUAAAAAAAUGUCCGGCAUUCUUUGGAAAAGCUUCAACCUCUGCUUCUCCAAUUUCAAGUGUUUUCCAACCAUCACUCUCUCCGCGCCACCCAUCGCCGCCGUCAGCGGCGAACAUGAUCAAGACGAUAAAUUCCCCACCACCGCCACCGGCGGCGCCGCCGCCGACAAUCCCUCACAUCUCUUCAAGAAUUUCAACUCUCUGUACGACGUAAACGACUCCGACAUUUCAACCUCCAAAUCUCUCACCUUCUCCACCACCACCACCGCCGCCAACGCCGCCGCGAGCGAGGACUUCUUCUCCUCCGACGACGACUCCGACGGUGAGUCCGCCGUGCCGGAUUUCACCUCCGCCUUCGCCUCCCACCGCUUCUUCUUCUCAUCCCCUGGGAUGUCGAACUCCAUCUUCGAGGCGCCGCCUCCGCCGCCGCCGCCGCCAUCGCAGGAUCCCGACGCGGUGGUGAGCGGCGGAGUGGCGGUUCAGACGUACUCGCCGGACCCCUACUCCGACUUCAGAAAAUCCAUGGUGGAAAUGAUCGAGGCGCGUGAUCCAACAGACGCUAAGGCGGAUUGGGAAUUCUUGAACGAGCUGCUCUUGUGCUAUCUAACCUUAAACCCUAAGCACACACACAAGUUCAUAGUCGGCGCUUUCGCUGACGUCAUUGUAUCUCUGGCGCCGCCGCCGCCGCCGCCGUGCCGGAAAACCCACCACCACCAACGGCCACAUUUGUCUAUUUAAUUAACCUCUUUUUUCAUUUAUUUUUUUAAGGUUAUUAUUAUUAUUAUUAUAUUAUACUAACUGAAGAAGAAAAUUAAAUAA